CGAUUGUGGGCAUGUUGCGUGGUAGCUCUUGCCGCCAUUGCUACAUCAUGCUAUAGUAAUCGACAGUAAUCAGACGCGAACGAUCACCCCCGCUGUGGUGGUUUCGUCGGGUCUCUUGAGUUUUAAGCAAGACUCAAGCUGUGUAAACAUAUAUAUACAUUCACGUACGUACGACGUGUGCAACGUUGAUAGUUGUUAAGAUUGCGUGGUGAGUUGCGUCGUUUUCGUCGGUCGACACAACAAGCAUAUCCGUGCGUACGAAAUAUUCCACUCGCAACAAGAGAGGGAAAGAGAAUAACAGCAACUGAGUUAUUCGAAAAGAGUAUGCAGAAGUGAUAAAGCAAGUCUAUUAUAUGGUUAGCAGCUAUUCAGUCAAGUUAAUACAGGAGGGAUAUACAUACGACCGUGUUGCGGCAACGUCGCAAUCGCAUACUUGAUGCCGCAGCUGACGUGAGCGUGUUUCCUCUAGUGGCGUUCGUUGUGUGUGGAAGAAGUAAAUUUCUUAUCAACGGCUUCGUUUGUAGAAACUGCUUCGUGGACAGCCGAUUGUAAUAUCAUUUGCAAUAUCACAAUGUGCGCACGCGCAUGUGCUUAGUGGUCACUGAACAUGUUCUAAUGUGAAGAAACACUAAUAUUUUAUAAAAAUGACUGAGUGCAUUGAACGCAAAAGUAUAUUGACAAAUAGAUUUUUUAAGUCCACUUCGAAUCUACAUUUGCCACCAAGCUCACCUAUAAACAAUGAUAUAUUUUUUGAUGAAAUUGACAGCAUUGAUUAUCAUUUUGAAGAUGCACGCUUAGAAAGUUACAAAAACUGGCUAUAUCCAUUUAUAAGACCAGACAAACUCGCGGCAGCAGGAUUUUAUUAUACAGGAGAGAGCGACAAAGUGAGAUGUUUUGAGUGUCAUGUGGAAAUAAGCCAAUGGCUGCCAGAUGAUGACCCGAUGGUCGAUCAUCAACGAUGGUCUGGAAAAUGUAGGUUUAUUCGUAAUAUUCCGUGCGGCAAUAUACCUAAGGGUGUAGAUCCUAGCACGAUUUCACCAUCUGUGCCUAGAGGAAGAGAUGUGUGUGGACCUUAUGGUAUAGAAUACUGUCCUAAUUCUACUUUGGACAAUAACAUGCACAUGCAAGACACAGUGACGCUUAAUUUAGGAGGGCGUACAGACUCAAUGAAUCCAAAACAUCCUCAGUUUGCUAAUUACGAUGAUAGAUUACGUACAUUUGAAAUGUGGCCUAUAUCAAUGCCACAAACCAAGGAACAAUUGGCGGCCGCUGGUUUUUAUUACACAGGGAAUGGUGAUCAAACACUAUGCUACUAUUGUGGAGGAGGAUUAAAAGAUUGGGAACCAGAAGAUGAUCCUUGGGAACAACAUGCCAAAUGGUUUUCUAAAUGUUGUUACUUACUUAUGGUCCAAGGACAGGAAUAUGUAAACAAAGUUACUGGAAAGUCCAACAACAAACAAGAAACUUAUAAACAGUCUGUAACAGAGGAAGAUGAAAAAGUUGAUGAUGAGUGUUAUCCCGGACCAAGUUCUCAAAAUUCAGUAGGCUCUCAAGAUAGUGGCUUUGAGAGUAUAGAAUUCUGUGCUGAAUCAAGCGAGUUCAAUAGUGAUCAAUUAUCUACUGUAAAAUUCUCAAAUAAUUUGCACGGCAAACCAAUCGAUGAUGCGAGAAUGUGUAAAAUCUGUUAUAAUAGAGAAUUAAGGAAGGUAUUUGUACCAUGUGGACACUUGGUUGCUUGUGCCGAGUGUGCAAAGAACAUGAAAACAUGCGCAGUAUGUCGUAAGCCUGUGGUAGAUACUGUACAAGCUAUCAUCUCAUAGUCACUGUAUCAUAGCAUUUUGAGUUUCAUCAUUGAACAUCGGUAGCAAAAAUUACUUUUGCAAACAAGACUAUAUGACAUGACUCAUGUAGCAUACCAUUCUGCAGGUACAAACUAUAUAAAUAAAUGGGCCAGUUGCAACCAGAUGCAGAUAACCAGUAUAUGAUAGCUAUAACAGUUAAAGAUUUUUCAAAAAUAAAUAAAAAAUUAACGUUUUGGUUCUUACUUUGGACCUUUUUUAACAUUUACAAUAAAAACAGUAUUUGCUCCAAAUAUACAGGAUGUCUGAUAAUUAUACACCAACUCCAUAGGGGCGUACAGCUAAGCGAGAGGAUAAAAAAAGUCCUCUUCCAUUUAGCGAUAACGCGUCUAGUUUGUUAGUAACAACCGCGUAAAGUUUGGCGUUUGUCAUAUUCAUCGCGGCCUAUAGACGCUCCGCGGCGAACUGUGUGCGUCGAUGCUAAGCGGUAACGCGGCUCGCGCUGACCGCCGCGAUGGCGUCUUGACGCUUUGACGCUGUCAGCGCGCGGCAAGGCGGCUAUGGAGUUGGUGUGUUACAAUUAUCAGACACCCUGUAUAAUUGAAAUCAACCGAGUGUAUAAGAAAAUAAAUAAUACCUUACAAUAAAUAACCUUAUAAAUAUUUACCUUAUAAAUAUUUCCUCGUUUCCGACUGUGCAAUGUAUAGUCAUGACAAGAAAACAGAAUUUGACAGAAUCUCAAAUUAAAGAAAAGGAAUAAAAAAUUAAGGAAAAGAGAAAAACUUAAAACCACGAAUUACGGAAAUAACACUAGUAAAUUUGAAGAACAUUAUAUAUUUAUUUCACAAUCUAUUAUUUCACAAUUGGUAAUUAGUAGCACAAAGUUUUUUCCAUCAUAUAUAUUAUUAAGUUAUAUUUAUAUAUAUCCAGUUAUAUUUAUAUUAAUUAAAUUAAGUUUUUUUUACAUGCUGUAAUUGAAAUAUAUCUAUUAUUUUUAUUUCAAUCGUAAAUUCAAUCUAAAUUUUGUUAUACUAUUUGACACUUGAAUUGUAAUAGAGUUGCUUAAAAUCAAAUUGCGAAAUUGACAAUUUAAAUGGGAAACAGGAAUAACACUAGAAAUCGAUUUGGCCUACUAAUAUUAAUUUAUACUGAAUGUAGUUGCAUAAACUGUUACAUACUAUCAUUUACUUCAAACUUUAGGAACAAGUAUAACUAGCCCAUUUAUUUGUUUCUGAUUUAUGAUCUAAAAAAAGUUGUUUUUCUUUUUUUGUUAUCAAUUGUGUAAAAUUAAUAUUGUUAAUAAAAAUGUAAACUUUACAAUUAUUACAAGAUUUCUAUGGCACUAAUACAAUAAAUGCACUUUAUAGUAGUUAUGAAAGUAAUAUAUAUAUAUAUUUCAACGUGUGAAUGUGUAAAUACAUAAUCAAUAAAAUAUUUGUGAAUGUUCAUGUGAAUUUAUAUUUUAAUAACAUAAAAAAAAGUUAAGUGUACUCACAAAAUGUUCUCAUACAGAUAUAGAAAUUUUAAAUAUUUCUUGUUUUUUAUUCUUGCAACACAUAAUUGGUUAACAAAUUCCACUAUUUAAUUCUAUUAUUUAUUUUUAUUUUUCCUAUUCCUUUGUGUAAGCAGUAUCUCUUACUGCUAUAAAAUCUAUGAAACAAAAGACUAAAUGCGUUUUACGAUUGUGUGUGUAGAUGUAAAAACAUAUUUUUUUCGUACCUUUCUGUUUUCUAUAAAAAAAAUAUAUUUGCACACACCCUCAACCUAAUAAAUAGUGUUAUAAACAUUGUUAAUUUUUGUAAAAAAAAACACAUGUAACAUAUCACAAAUAAAUUUCUAUAUUUUAAUGUGUCAGGAAAAAAGGUAUAUAUAUAUAUAUAUAUAUAUAUAUAUAUAUAUAUAUAUAUAUAUAUGUAUGUAUGUAUGUAUUUAUAUGUAUAUAUGUAUAUAUAUAGAUUGUACCUGCAAUAGGACGUUGCUAUUUGAAUGUUUUUAAUUUCACAUUGUUUCCGAUGCAAUACUUGCUGAAGAAACAAAGUGAUUGCAAAUAAAGGCACAGCUAUGCCUUUGUGUGAUAGUACAAAUAGCAACAUAACAUGAUGUCUAGUCAUUAGUAUUAUAUUAUGAUGAACAAUAACAAUCAAUACAAAUAUAUCCUAUAACAAUCUAUGGAAAAUAUUUAGUUUAUAUCUUUUAUAUUUUCUCUCUCUCUCUCUCUUUUACACACACACGCACACACAUAUAUACAUACACAGAGCCAUGUAAGUAAAAAGUAUAGUUUAUUUUUUUAAUCAGUUCUUUUCUCUCUCCUUCCAUCAGUCUUUUCUCAAUUUCUCAAUUACUGUUCAUCGUAAUUUGUACAAUAUCUUAUUUUAGUUUCUACAGAUGUAUUAAAACAAUUUAUAAAUCAUUUUAUAUAAUUGUAAAAUAUAUACUUUACUUUUUUGUUAUAUUAAGUUAACUUAAGCGGUUCAGGGUAACGAAUAAAAUCCAACAUUAAAUAAAGUUUAGUGUAAAUUUCAUCUUAAACGUUUCUGAUUCUUAUAGUCAAAUCGGAUUAUAACAUAAAGAACGAGAAAUCUCAAUUUCUCAUGUUAUAAUUAUGUGACUAAUAACACUAAGAAUUAUUAAAGAAAUAUGAUAUGACGAUUA